AUAUGUUCAUGCUGACUGCUCGUUAUAUAAAGCCACGGGAUGGUUUUGACAAUUGAUCUUGGAGAAGAUCGACUUAGUUCCCUUGAUUCAACUAUCGAUCUCAAUAUUCAUGCUUCAGCUCAAGUACUAAUUCCUGACGACACUGGCUUAACGGAUGCUGCCUGUAUCGAGAGGCUGCUCAAAUCGCAAGAUCUAUGGGUGUUCCAAACUCCCGAGCUCGAGCUCUGCAUUUCGAUCAAUAUCGAUGCGUCGAUGGUCCUUUCGGUCUCCACUUUCGCUUCCUCAGUCGGAGAGAUGAUGUGUAGUUACAAGGUAUUCUCAUGGUCAGCUUCAGAGUUAAGUCGUCUUAGCUAUAGUCAUCUCCACUACGGCAAUGUCACCUCCUUCAAGCUCAUCAUCGGCAUUCAAAGGGACUUAAAACAGUCGAAGACGAGACCUACACGGAAGACAAUGUUAUUCGAUUAUCUUGACAAUAUUCAUCCUCCAGACUACAUCAAGUCUGUUUAUCUAUCUACAGUCAAUGCAUCUAUGUCUUUCACUACCCAAGCUGAAAACGCACAGCUAUAUAUACUGAAUACUGGCUCUUUGACAAAAACGGAUCCGGUAGGAGACUAUUACUACAUGGACUAUAUACUAAAUAGCACGCAAGAUACCAUUUUGUUUGGCCCCCAACCAGAUUUGUAUACGAAUUACUCUGACAACACUCAAGCCACAACCUUCAUCGAUGAGCUAGAAGGGUUGCUUGAGAGCGAACAGAGCUCCCCGCUUCCCAUUCCCACAGAAGAAUCCUCCGAAGAGAUUCCACCGAAUGAACAGCGUGGACAACUGAACAAUCUCUUCAUGAUCGGCCUGGAAGCUCUUUUAUUCGGAUGCACUACACCAACUAGUCAAGGUGAUCCCCAAAGCAAGAAGCUACAACCUCUUUCACAAAUUGCACCCUCGGUCUUCACCCCGAACUACCACAGGGAAAUGAAUCAACGAUCAACCCUAAUCCCCUCAAUCACGAAAUCACUUUCUUCCAUACUCAAGCUCCCCAACCACCAAUCCCUUCAAUCCAAACUAGGCAAGCUAAAAAAUAAUAACACGUCCCAGUCCGCUACAGCAAACACAGACACAAACAAUAUCAGAAACACUAUAAGUGCAUCACUUUUCCGCAUCGCCCAGAAACAGCUCUACAAGCCACAAGCAUCCCGGAAACUGCGCUUUCAGUCCCCACCACCCAACCCUCAAUGCAAAGACCAGCCGUCGCCAGUUGAAGAACGAAUGUAUGAAGAACCAGGAUAUUCUUCCGAUGGAGAAGAAGAACUUCUUGGGUUCAGUGAGCCCGAUGAGAGUAGUAGCUGCGCGAUGCUAUCGACUACUACUGCUGCUGCACCUCCUUCGUCAUGCGGGUCACUGCCAUUCUCUCAGGAUGAUUACGAGGAUGACGACGAGGAAAUUAUGUCUGAUCGAUUCAGUGAAGAUGAUGUGACUUACACGCUGUUUUCAGAUGAUGUGGUAGAAUUUGAAGGAUUUGGAGAUGACCACGAUGACGACGAUAUGCUCUGCAGUAGUUUUUGA